AACUAGUCCAUUAUUUUAAUUCCGUAGUAUUUUCCUUCACAUUCAGUAUAGUUGAGCUCUGAAUCUUCAUCAAUGGAAGAAGACGAUCACCUCUCAAAACCCACCACCACCACCGAUCCUUCAGAUUCCGCUCUCCAACGGAAGCAUGCUGCAAUGAUCGAACGCCUUUCAAAUCUACACCAAUCCCGUUCGACCCGCAAACCCGAAUCCGAAUCAAACUCUACAAGCUCCUUCCUUUCUCGUUUCUCGGAAUCCAAAAACUCCAUUGAAUCCACACUCUCCCGCAUCCGUCAAACACCCGACCCGCAUUCCAACCCGACCCUAAAACCCGAACUCGACAACGUCUCGCUCUCCAUUUCUAAUCUCGAAAAGCUCGUCGCUGAAAACUCAUUUUCCCUUCCUUCUUACGAAGUACGCACGUGCCUCAAAACCGUAGCAGAUCUCAAACAAAUAGUCGAACAGGUCGCGUGCGAUGUUAUCCCGAAGAAGAAAUUCUCAUUCAAGAACAAAUCAACAAAGAAAACCACAACCCAAAAUGAUGAUUUAGGGGUUAGGGUUUUGGAUAACAACAGCCAAAAUGUGGAAUCGAGGGAUUUAGGGUUUAAGGUUUUGGAUUCUCCGGGAUUUAGGGGAAACGAAAAUGAGGUGUUAGUGAAGGAAUUUAAUAAUAGGGGCAGUGAUGAGGAGAUUAGGGAAUUUGUGCUAUCAGAUUUGAGAGGUUGUGAGGUGAGAUUAAUGGGGAAUAUAAGGGCAUUGUUUGUAAAUAAGCUGAUUGAUUGUAAGGUUUAUGUUGGACCUGUUUUCGGGUCGGUUUUGAUUGAUGAAGCUAAAGAUUGUGUUUUUAUGAUGGCAUCGCAUCAGAUUCGGAUUCAUCAAGCAAAAAUGUGUGAUUUUUAUCUUCGAGUGAGGAGUAGGCCGAUAAUUGAGGAUAGUAAUGGUGUAAGGUUUGCGCCAUAUUGUUUGAAGUAUGAUGGGAUUGAGAAGGAUCUUGAAGAAGCUAAUCUUGGUGAAGAGACGGGGAAUUGGUCCAAUGUCGAUGAUUUUAAGUGGUUGAGGGCAGUGCAGUCUCCAAAUUGGUCAAUUUUGCCUGAAAAUGAACGACUUGGCGCGGUGGAUAUUUCAACUCGAGAUGCAAAGAUUAGUUGCUGAAAAGUUUUCGUCUUGAUGAGUGGUUUAGUAUGUUGAAUCUUGAAUCCUCAGUGUGCAAAGGAGGUAACUUUUUUGUUUAUCUUCUUAAUUUUACUUGAAUCUGUUGAGGAAUAAGGAUGCAUUAGCUUUUGUUGUUUAGUUGCAUUACUUACUAGUUACUCUACUAGUUAUUCUUCUGUUUUAAGAAAUGAUCUAAUUUUAUAGAAUAGAAAGAUUAUGCUAAAGCUGUUGCCUUCCAGUAUAAGUUGUGACCUAUUACAAGUUCGCUUUUUGCUAUUGGAUAGAUAGAUUUCGUUAUG